CCGCAACCACAAAAACCCAUCUGCUCGUGUCUGUUUGCUUCACUGACGUCCACAGCUGUCCGAGUCAAAACGUUUUAAGAGUCUUCAGACGAGAAGAUGAAGAGGGGUGGUGUUGUUGCGCUUUUACUGGGUCUCCUUUCCCUGGGCCGAGCUGAUCCACCGUUGAGUUGUGACACUCUGCUGAAGCCAAUAAGCAUUACCAACCACGAAAUGUUGGGGCGCUGGCUGUACAUCGGCGGAAGCUCCGACCUCCCGGGAAGUCGAUCCCUGGGAUAUCUGCUCAACAGCAUCUGGCUGGACAUCAGAGCUACCCCCCUCAGCAACGUGCUUACCAUCUUGCAGACGCAGAAAAUUUACAAUGAGUGUUCCAGCAUGAUCUACAACGUGACCAUGGAAAACAGCACAAUGCUGAUUGAGCAUCCAUUCUACCUGAAGGAAGUGUACCUGCAGACGGAUUGCCCAGACUGUCUGGUCGUCUUUGAAGAAGUAAAAUCUAGCCAUGACUCCUUUAGGAGUCUUAUGCUUUUCAGCAGACAACAGACUGUCUCAACUGCUAAUGUGGAGAUGUUGAGGAUGCAAGCCAAGUGUCUCCAGAUGCCCUCUCCACUCAUGAUGGACCCAAAUUAUGAACUCUGCCCAGACAACCUUCCAGCCUCGGAUGGGCUUGCCGCCUUAAACUCCUUGUUAGAGGCUAAGAUGGGACAGCGAGUUGCGAGGCUGCUGGACACAUUUUUUGACCUCUUUAUUAACUGAUUUUUACAGGGAAUCCAUGUGUUCUGUUGUCCAUGCAUCAGCAGAAAAAAUCUACAAAUCAAAUUUACUGUAAUCUUAGUAGUGAGUUGCUAUGAUUUGCUAGUAAAGUUCACUCACCAAACAUUAGUUGUAUCAUUUCC